ACAACAAAUUCAUACCUCGAACGAAUUUCCGUGCUCCAAAUUCACCAGCACCUCUCUUCACAAAUCGUAAUUCCGAUUCAACAGUUCAAAAAUGUGGGAAAUGUGAAUCUUGUGAACGUAAUCAUCCCGGAUGUUCAUGCUUUCAAAGGCAAACGAAGUGUUUUAUCUGCGGGAAAACAGGACACAUUCAACUUUUCUGUAAGUCCAAGAAAGUGUCAUUUGACUUCUGACCCAAAUACUGACGUGAAGGCAUUAUCUGUAGAUAUUUCUACUCUUUCUCUAGCUGUUUUGUCUCAAAAUUCGUCACAUGUUUUUAAAACACUGAUAUCCGCUUCUGGUCAAAAGCAUGACUUUAUUGUUGAUACUGGUAGUGUUGAGUCCAUAAUAGGACAAUACGGUUAUGUAUUCAGCUCCAGCGUUCUCGUUACAGCCAAUCUUGUCAAGUUCUAUCUGCCAACGGCCUCUAAUCAACUUAGUCUUUACGGGGUAGGACAUCCGACAAUUCAUUCUCAAGAUCCACCCGUUCACAGCGUUGUGGCAAGAUGA